AUGUAGGGACGACUGGACGACGACGACAAAGCAAGCAACAGAACUACAGAAGUGCAAAGGACCGUCAAGCAGACAAUCAGACAGACACACACUCUCUCUCUUCAGACUGAGGGAGAAAAAGCUUUGCGAAUUGCGCGCGCAAAUCACAAACAAAGGGUUUGAAGAAAAGCGAAAAGAAGCUGGAAAUUUUACAUGUAUAGAUUAACAAUGAAAGCAGUUGCUGGUUCAUUAAUGUUGUCACAUCCAAAGUGGCGGCCAUUUGUUCUUCUUCUUCCAUCUUCGCUCAAAAAUUACUCUUCUCUCCCUACUCCUUCACUUCCAAUAAGCAGGAAGAAUGAAGGAAUUCAUUGUUGCAAAGACAGAGAGGCUAUAAAAGGAACAACAAGGAAAAAUAAAAAAGCUAAAGAAUGGAGAGAUGUUCUGGGUGAAAAGGAUAUUUCCCAUGUUUUAUGGUGGAAAGAGAAAUUAGAAUCAUGCAGAAAACCUUCAACUGUUCAACUGAUUAAGAAACUUGUCUACUCCAAUUUGCUUGGGUUGGAUAUUAACUUGAAAAAUGGGAGUAUAAAAGAUGGAAAUCUCAACUGGGAAAUGCUGCAGUUCAAGUCAAGGUUCCCACGUGAAGUUUUAUUAUGUAGAGUUGGAGAGUUUUACGAGGCCAUUGGUAUUGAUGCCUGCGUUCUUGUUGAAUACGCUGGCUUAAAUCCAUUUGGUGGCUUGCGCUCGGAUAGUGUACCAAGAGCUGGGUGUCCUGUGGUGAAUUUGCAACAAACUUUGGACGACCUGACACGUAAUGGCUAUUCUGUUUGCAUAGUUGAGGAAGUGCAGGGUCCAACUCAAGCUCGUUCUCGGAAGGGUCGUUUUAUAUCUGGGCAUGCACAUCCAGGAAGCCCAUAUGUGUUUGGACAUGUUGGCGUUGAUCGUGACCUUGAUUUUCCUGAACCGAUGCCUGUUGUUGGGGUGUCGCGUUCUGCAAAAGGCUACUCUUUAAUCUCAAUCUUGGAAACUUUGAAGACAUUUUCUGUUGAGGAUGGUUUAACUGAAGAAGCAUUGGUCACAAAGCUCCGUACUUGUCGCUGCCAUUAUUUGUUUCUCCACACAUCAUUGAAACACAACUCUUCAGGAACUUGUCGCUGGGGAGAAUUUGGUGAGGGAGGAUUACUGUGGGCAGAAUGCAGUUCUCGACACUUCGAAUGGUUUGAAGGUGACCCCGUCAAAAAGCUUUUGCUGAAGGUGAAGGAGCUCUAUGGUCUUGAUGAAAUAGUUGAAUUCAGAAAUAUAGCCGUUCUCUCUGAAAAAAGGCCCCGUCCAUUACAUCUUGGAACUGCUACACAGAUUGGUGCCAUACCAACAGAGGGCAUACCUUGUUUGCUCAAAGUAUUGCUUCCAUCGAGUUGCACUGGUUUGCCCCAAUCGUAUGUCAGAGAUCUUCUUCUUAAUCCUCCGGCAUAUGCCAUAGCAGCUACAAUUCAAGAAAUAUGUAAACGCAUGAACAGUGUGACGUGCUCAAUUCCCGAAUUCACAUGUGUAUCAUCUGCAAAGCUUGUCAAACUACUAGAGCUGAGAGAGGCUAAUCAUAUUGAGUUUAGCAGAAUAAAAAAUGUUGCUGACGAAAUAUUGCAGUUGCAUGAUAAUUCGGAGCUCUGUGAGAUCCUCAAACUGUUGAUGGAUCCUACUUCGGUGGCAACUGGACUGAAGCUCGAAUUUGACACACUAGUGAAUGAUUGUAUGUGGGUGUCAAAUAGAAUUGGUGACCUUAUUUCACUAGAUGAUGAAAUUGAUCAACAGAUAAGCUCUUUUUCUCAUAUUCCUAGUGACUUUUUCGAAGACAUUGAGUCUACUUGGAAAGGACGUGUAAAAAGAAACCAUAUGCAAGAUUUGUAUGAAAAAGUUGAAGAGGCAGCCAAGGUCCUCCAUAUGGCGGUUUCUGAGGAUUUCCUCCCCAUUAUUUCAAGGAUAAGAGCUUCUAUAUCACCACUUGUUAGCCCAAAGGGUGAAAUUUUGUAUGCUCGAGACCAUGAGGCUGUUUGGUUCAAAGGAAAAAGGUUUGCACCAUCCAUAUGGGCUGGGACCUCGGGGGAACAACAAAUUAAGCAGCUGAAAGCUGCAUUAGAUUCUAAAGGAAAAAAAGUCAGUGAGGAAUGGUUUACCACGACGAAGGUGGAGGAUGCAUUGAUGAGGUACCAUGAAGCUAAUGAAAAGGCUAGGGCCAAAGUUCUAGAACUGCUGAGGGGACUGUCCACUGAGUUGCAAUCUAAAAUAAAUGUUUUGGUCUUUGCCUCCAUGAUGCUUGUUAUUGCAAAGGCACUUUUGGCUCAUGUGAGUGAAGGGAGGAGAAGGAAAUGGGUCUUCCCUACUCUGGUGGAGCUCAGUAGCUCACAGAAUGGAAAGCUAGAUGGCGAACCUGUAAGCAUGGAGAUGACUGGACUAUCCCCGUAUUGGUUUGAUAUAGCUCAAGGCAGUGCAGUGUGCAAUACAGUCAGCAUGAAAUCCUUAUUCCUUCUAACAGGACCUAAUGGAGGUGGUAAAUCAAGUUUAUUGAGAUCUGUCUGUGCAGCCGCUUUACUUGGAAUAUGUGGGUUCAUGGUUCCUGCAGAAUCUGCUUUGAUUCCUCACUUUGAUGCUAUUAUCCUUCACAUGAAAUCCUAUGAUAGCCCUGUUGAUGGGAAAAGUUCUUUUCAGAUAGAAAUGUCAGAGAUUCGCUCAUUACUAUCUGCAACGACGUCAAGAAGCCUUGUUCUCAUAGAUGAAAUCUGCCGCGGAACAGAAACAGCAAAGGGAACUUGUAUUGCAGGUAGUAUUGUUGAGACUUUGGACGCAGUUGGCUGUUUAGGUAUUGUAUCAACUCACUUGCAUGGAAUAUUUGAUUUGCCGCUGAGAAGAAGCAAAACUGUUAACAAAGCAAUGAGUGCAGAAUUUGUUGAUGGUCAAACAGUACCAACUUGGAAGUUGGUGGAUGGAAUUUGUAAAGAGAGCCUAGCUUUUGAAACUGCCCAAAGAGAAGGGGUACCAGAAACUCUAGUCAAACGAGCUGAAGAAUUAUAUCUUUCAGUAUAUGCAAGUGAGAUGCAUUUGAAAGAUCUAAAGCCCAACUGUUUUGGUUCUAAUGCAUAUGUAAAUGAUGCUAGUGAGUCUCAUUACAUGAGUACUUCCUUUUCUAAAGUAAACUUAGCUACCCAAAUGAAGACUUUAAAGCAAGAAGUUCUGGAUGCUGUUACUGCCAUAUGCCAGCAGAAGUUGGUUGAGCUUCACAAAAUGCCAAACUCGUCUCAGAUACCAGAGAUUAAUUGCAUUUUUAUUGCUGCUAGGGAACAGCCACCUCCAUCAACCAUAGGUGCUUCAAGUGUUUAUGUGAUGUUACGCCCUGAUAAGAAAAUAUACAUCGGAGAGACUGAUGAUCUCCAAGGAAGAAUCCAAGCACAUCGAUCAAAGGAAGGUAUGCAGAGUGCUGCAUUCCUUUCUUUCGUAGUCCAAGGAAAGAGUGUGGCUUGCCAGCUUGAGACUCUCUUGAUCAACCAGCUUCCAGAACGAGGAUUCCAUCUUGCUAAUAUUGCCGACGGUAAACACCGAAACUUUGGUACAUGUAAUUCCAUCUUAGAACCUGUAACUGUAUGUAAAUGAAUCAAUUUGCUACUUCAGCUUCCCAAUUUUGUAUCGAAGUUCAGUUAUCAAUCCCAUUCAAAAAAAUUGUUCAAUUUUAGGGAUCAAGGGGAUGUAUAUUGUGCUGAGCCCUCUUAAGAGAUGUAGUUUGUAUGGUAGGUGGCUAGGAGAUGUAUAUUGUUAGAAACUAGCUGGUGGAUGCAACAAUUUUGAUCUAAUAUGUAAAGUUGCACCUCCAGCAAUACUUUUAUUAGAGUGGAAGCAAUUUCUAGCAAUGUUUCGCAAAA